AAUUGACAUAUACAUAAAAGCAAUUACUUUUUGUUGUUUUAAUUGCUUUAAAAUCAAACACAUAGAAAAAUGAGCAGCGGGGAUUGGAUGUGUGGUGCAUGCCAGUAUUCAAACUUCAAGAAACGUGACGUAUGUCAAAGAUGUCAGUGUCCCAAAUUUGCGACAACGGAUGAGAUUUCAACUCAUGCAAACAAAACGAAGGUGUUGGCAGGUGACUGGUACUGUUGUUGUGAAGCACACAACUUUGCCAAUCGAACUGAGUGUUAUAGAUGUGGUGCACACAAAGACUAUAUCAUGAUGACGACAUUUGCAACAUCUAGUUAUUCUUACGAAGCUAGCUUUCUUCCAGGAGGAAAAAUUGGUGAUUGGAUGUGCAACAGAUGUAUGGGACAUAACUUUGCUAGUAAGAUGGAAUGCUACAAAUGCAAAUCACCAAGGGAAUAGGAGUAUGAAGUUCUACGUAUGGAAAAUUUCAUUGUUCUUCAAGAAUGCUAUAUGUUCUCUUGCUUUUGUCGAUGUACGCCCAAAAGGCAAUCAUAUGGUGGCAUAGUAUGGUUGGACAUUGAGUCAUGAUUUAUUAAUAAAAUACGUUACCCAAUUAUUAUGU